UAAUAUUGACCACUAGAUGAGGCUAUUCGACAAAUAUCAUGGAGGAAGCGGGGGCCAGGUGAACAGUCCAAUACAUCGCUGGGCCACACUCCCAUCACCACAUACCCCCAGUGCCCACAUACCCCUUACUACGCCACCCCCCCCCCCCAGUGUGGGGAAACACUGGUGGUGUUGUUCCGGACUGUGGCUGACCCAUUGCAGGAUGGCUUUCUUCAAAUCGGAAUACUCCAGGAGGUUGGCAACCAGGAGUUUUUGUGCCGCGAGUUGGGCUUCCCAAGACAGCAGCAGUAGCAGAUGGACUGCCCACUUCAGGGUUCUGGCUGUGUGCUCGAAGAGCUCCAGGAAAGCCUCCGGGUCAUCCUGUGGUGUCAUCUUAGCGAGCGUCACAUGGGGUCCUGCUGCUGCUGGGGUUGCAGCUGAAGCCCCCUCCUGGGGCAGCACGUUCUGCAACAACUGCCAGUCCUCCACGUGGGCCUGUUGGGGCACCUCAAAACGCUUCUCCUGCUCCUUCAUCAGCUCCAUUAGGGCCUGGUGUUGUGCUUGGUGGAUGCUGGCGAGGGACUUGAAGAUUUCUUCCAGUGGCGAGGACAUCAUGGCAGCAUAUUCUUCCUCCAUCCCGGGUUUCAGCACCACUGUGACAAGGUUCAUUAACUCUGUUUGAAGGAGGAACCGUGGGCCAGGUGAACAGUCCAACAUAAGUUUUAUUAUCACACUGUUCAGUACUUUUUAUGACAGCAUGCAUGCACACACACAGCUUCGUGCACCUCUCUCUCUCUCCCUCCUGGCGGUCUGGAUUGCCGUUUUUAUCC